UGUUUGUGGUGUGUAGGUGUCGGGGGUUCGCCGGCUGGGGGGUGGCUCUGGGCAGGCGCCGGGGGUAGCUUUCGCCAAAACCCUCCAAAUCGUCCACAUUCUUCGGCUGAGCAACGGCAGAGCCACUCCCGCCAAAUCCACACCGCAAAAUUACGAGUCGACGCCGCGAGAAUGUGGGUGUCUCAGACAUUGUUGAGCCUCCUCCUUCUCAUGGCCACGUCAGAAGGGUACUACUCCGAGCUGUACCCGAUGCCAGUGGGAUUUAUGGCAAAUGAUGACACUGUAUCUAUACCAGUGAGGGAACCAAAAAGUGGUAUAUUCUGGACUGGUAGAAGAUAUUCAAGGCGAGGAUCAUCAGAAGAGACCAAGAAAAAGGUCAAAACACGAGCUGAGAGUAGGUUCGUCAUUGGUAGCCGUUACGGGAAGAGAACAGAUGUGGUGCCUCUAGACUUUGGAUCCAACCUGUGCAAGUUUACCAGUUUUCACCCUCUUUAUCCAUGCAGCAAUAGAUAAAAUCUUCUUGAUUAAUGUAAAGAUGAUGAUGUAAGUUAAUGUUGUGUUUGAAAAUUUAAAAGCUUACAUUUUCUGUCAUUUCUGUUAAAAUUAUAAUUAUUAAUCAAUGAAAAAUCUCUAGCAGCAAUAAAUGAAACUCGUUUUAUUAAUUUUCAUCCUUUCACCUUAAAAAAACUCUAGACCCUUAUAUAAUUAAACACUUUUAAUCACUUUAAUCAACCCUAUUUUGUGAUUUUUCUUUUGUGUAAUUAAAAACUUCUGUAAAGUCUUGAUGAUUAAUAUAAAUAAAAAUAUUUUUUAAAAAUAACUGUGUACUACUCCUUUUUGGAUAGUGGGUCUUUUGUUUGUGCAACUUGAGCUAAAUAUCUGCCCGCAUCUUUGUGAUUGUUUAUUAAAUCCUUAACUAGUUUUGUGAAAUUGUGCCAAAUUAGAUGUCAAAAGUGAAAAAAAAAAAAAAAAAAUUGUACAGAACAAAAACUAAAUAAAAAUAUCUACCCGAGCUCUAAAUCAUUGUAAAUCAUUUGUGUACAUUUAUGUACAUUGUUUAUUAUCAGUGUAUGUACAAAUUAUGUGCUAAUAAAGUUUGUCUGAACGUAGCUACAAACCUUUUGAAGG